AUGGGUUCCGGAGGGAGGCCGCAGUGGCUUCUCCUCCUGUUCUUCUCUGCCCUGUUGCUCUUCUCUUUCCGUGCGUAUGGUGACGGUGAUGCAGGGAUCGUGAUCAGGUUCUUGGAGUCUCCCCGGGCCUUCUCUUCGUCCGCUACUGCCGCAUUUGAGUUUGAGGUUCUGGACGGGGGGAGCGGGAACUCCUGCGACACUUGCAGCGUGGAGUGUAAGGUCCGUUGGGGAUGAAUUUCUUUUUUUUUCCUUGGGGUUCGAAGUUCGUUCUAUGCUUCAGUUGGUGGUACUUUUCACAGUCUUCCGUUUUGGAGGGUCAUGAUUAACGUCGCUGGCAUUGUCGUAGGAAGUUGUAAAUUGAUGCCUAAUUAGAUUGAGUCGAUGAUUUUCUAUUUUUGGUGGAAAUUUCCUAAUAAUGAAGCUUUAACUUCCCUUCUCUGGGUCCUGUUGGUUUUCUUACUAUCACAUUCUUAUUGAUCUUGGCCGAGGUACAACUAAGUUUACUCUGUCCGUACCAGCAAGUCUGCAUACUGUCUCUCUUUUUUAAAAUAUUCUUCUGUCACCGACAUAAACUCUCAGCACCUAUUAUUGACCUUAUAGAAUGACUUCUUUGUCAACUGAUCUAUUGUGUCGUCUGAUAAUUCUAUGGUUUGGGGAGUUAAAUACAGUGUAUUCUCAUCAUAUUAUUUUUCUCUUGUUCUCAUUGGAGAUGUGAAUAAUGGAUUUUAUUUUACCAUAUAAUUGUAAUUUUUGACAACCUUAAAAUAUGUCAAUGGAUGACAUGUUGACUUUAUGAUUGGAUGCAGUUGGAUGAUCAGGGCACCACAAACUGUCAAUCUGGGAAAGUCUACUAUGCAGGGCUGCCAGAUGGUGGCCAUAUGUUGGAGAUCUGCGCCAAAGGAUCAAGAGGAGUUAGCUGUUCUGGCUACAAUUGGACUGUUGGUUGAGAAGCCAUCUUUUUCUUUCUUUCUGAUACUUUUAAAUUAGCGUCUUUUUUUUUCCGGCUUUCUUGAAGAAUGCAGAAUAUUUUAUCUAAAAUGCCCCUUUUGGAAAUAAAUUUAUUUGUCUGAAAGAUUGAUCUGUACGCAUCCCAAGAUAAUUAGCUACUGAUUCCUGUGAGCAACUACUUGCUUCUCCGGCAAAGACCUCUUGGACGACCAUUCUCCCAGUCUGUGACUAUGUUUUUCUCAUUAAUUUUAUAGUUGGGUAGCUCCCUGAAAGAGUCCUUGCUAUCAAUAUCUCGGUUCCUCAUAUUCCUUUUUGAGCUGCAUUUAAAGCAUCAAUUAUACCAAGAUCAUCCUGCUUGCAGCGAAGAACAGCUCUAAUGAGUGUAGCAGGCUCAUAGAUGUGAUCACAUACUGAGGAAUAUGAUUUGCACCUCUGAUUAAAUGUGAAAAAAUUGGACCGUUCUGUUCAAAGCCAGUUCACGAUGAAUAGAGUAGGGGCUUUUCUGAUGUGGGCCUGUCUUCUGAAAUGCACGAAGUAGGACAUAGAGAACUGAAUAGCUCAUGCAAUCUAUGGUUUUCUGUUGACCUUGUGCAUUGUAUCUUCGCACUUGAAGCCUGUUUCUUCCUUUUAUUUUCUAGCAUGCGGAUUGAAGUUCGUUAGUUCUUCUAAACUUUUGCAGAUACAGUAUCUCCGACUGCUUAUGUUUCAGCUCUUUCACCCUUCACGAGUGCAGAAAAUGUCUCAAUAAACGUUUCUUUUAGUGAGCCUUGCACUGGUGGGGGAGGAUUCCGAUGCUCUAUAAGUGACUGCAAUGUAAGUAGGUUCAGGAAGAGUUUGCUUUUCCUUCAAUUUUCUAUCCCUAAGUUUCCAUUAGGACGUGCUGCAACUAUCAAAGUUUUUAUGAAAACUUUGCUUAAUGCGAGUUAUUUAAUGUUCUUUGUUGCAGCUUCUGGUAUACGGGUCUGGCCAGGUUUUGCCCUCCAGUCUCAAGGUCCUUCAACUGGACCUGAAAUACUCUCUCAUUGUUAAUAUACCGCCUGAUGUUGAGUAUGGGCGGUUGGUAGUUGUAAUGGACAAGAAUUUCUGCAGAGACAAGUCUGGAAACUUGUUCAGAAGAACAGCAAAGUCAAGCAUUCGUUUACAUUUUGGUACGCCAUAUAAUCCAUUCAUUUACAUAUCACACUCACAUACAUGCAUAGAUUGGCUCAUCGAAGCAUUCUUUUGACUAGUGUCAUUCCCUGGACAUUAAGUUCAUAGAUUGGAGGCCUGCAUAUUGUGAUGAAUAUGUCAUGUUUUCAGACCGAAGAAAUGUAUCUGUGGAUGUGAAAACCCGAAUAGCCCAGAAGCUGAUUCAGAUCAACCGUGUGCCAAGAACAGUGGAGGCAACGAACGAUGAUAGGGAUCUGAGAGUCUAUGUAAAUUUUUCGGUGCCCGUGGUCAACUCCUCUUCUGAGAUUCUUCGUGCCCUCCGCACAACUGCUGGCGUGCUUGUUCCUACCAACAGAAGCAGCCUUGGAAAUCGCCGAUUUGUCCUUAUGGUAAUCUAGAAAACGUUUUAUGAACAGUCUAAAGCUUUAAUUCUACUAGUCACAGACAAUUUUUUUCACACUGAGUGCCAUGAUGAGCGCAGAGAUCUCCCAGUGAAGUACUAUAUGUUAUAUAUAUAUAUUAUCUUGUUGAACAGCUUUUUCUGGCAGGUUAAAAAUGUUUCGAGGAUCGCUAUAGUCAGUCUGAGUCUUGAAGCGAUGUCUAUAAUCAGCAGGCAGGGAACUCCAGUUUCUCUGACUGAGCCAGUCACGUUCCUUUAUGGUAACUACCUUCAACUCUCCUACUCUGACUUGUGAGCAUGCUAGUUGGAAUCAGAGUGGUCACUGCUGAUCCCCGUACCAAUGUUGGGAUCAGAUUGCAUCAGCCAAAUCAUCGGAUUCCUAGUUUUUCGAACUCUCAAGAAUCAGGCAGGAAUUGGGCAAUAACUGCCUCCAGAAUUGGAUCUGCUAAUGCUGAUCUUGACCCAGAUUGCACAAACCUGCGUAUCAUACAUGAGAACUUACGCCAUACUAAUUGGUUGUGUUCUCCUGCGUGAGGUUUAAUUUCUUGAAGAUGUAGACAAGGUACAAUCGUAGAACAACUGCGCCGCAUGUGCAAUUUUGUGGGAGUUCUUAUGAGAAAAUGAUUAUUAUAUAUCUCGGGGUUUUUUUUAUAUUUGCACAUGUGGCGCGAAUAUAUAUAAAAAAAACAUUUCGUAAAAGCUUAAAAGAUAAGGUCACAGGAACUUCAAAGUUUCAGAUGAAGAUGAUAAGAAGCCAUAUUAGACAGAGAAGAAUAUGUUGAAAUAGGAAAAAAAAACAAUCCAUCAGCAAAUUAAUUGCCCGGACAGAACUGUUGACUGAAUCUGAGCUCAUUUAUGUAUUCUUACCUCUUUCAUUUUCCUUUCUCAAAAUACUAUUUUAGGCUAAAUUUAUAUUUCCGUUAAGUGAGCUAUGGCUAGAGAGUUAAACAUGAGAUUUUAUUCGAUAUAUUAUUUGAUAUUAAUAAAUUAUUUGCUUGGAUCGUUGAUAAAUGUCAGGUUUUAUUGUGAUUUCAUAGGCAGCCACUGAUUUGCUAAUGGAAAUUGGAACAGAUUCUGAAAGGCCUUCAGUGACCCUCAGCACAUCAUCUGGCACGAGAACCAGAGAUGAUGUUCUUCCGAUCCUGGUGAAGUUUGUGAAACCAGUAUUUGGUUUCAACUCUUCGGGUAUCAAUAUUUCUGGGGGAACUUUACGGAGGCAAGUUAUUCUGCAAUUAUUUUAUGUUUAAACCGUAAUUUGCGCCUGCCCAUUCAUCAUUUGACUAGAAAUCGAGUUCAUUGAAGCAUUCCUCCUUUUUCUUAUGACAGUUUUCGUGAAGUAAGCAGAAGCAUAUACGUUGCAGAAAUACAUGCUGACGAAGAUGUGGUGUCUCUGAAUGUUCUAGACAACAAGACUGUAGAUGUUGCUGGAAAUCUGAAUUUGGCUUCAAAUAUUCUGCGAGUGAGACACUGUAAGAGUUUUCUUUUCUUCAGUCCUUUUCCUCUUGAGUCUGAUGAAGGAUAUAUCAAUCAAGUGUUCCUUGGGCCUCACUUCCUUGGGGGGGGGGAGGGGGGGGCUCCUCUUGUACAUCACUGUCCUGUCUUUUUUCUGGUUUUUCUCCAGACCCACAUAAGGUUUUUGCUCAGAAUGGCUCAAUCCAUUCCCUUUGUUCUUCUUCUUUCCCUUUUUAUAAUCACUUUCCAAUCACAGUCUUCCCUUUUUAGCCAGACUACUGAGAGAUUUUAGCUAAACUGCCAUGUUCAUGGUUGAUCUUUUUUUUUUCUUGAUGAGGCAAUGCGUGACCUGCCACUGCAGAUUCUAUACCGACAAUAUCUUCAAUCUUUUCGGGAGUGAUGACGUUCGUGUUUGGGGCAACAUGCGUAGUCGCAGCAGUUCUAGCUGUUUCAACAGCGAGCCUUUUAUCAGCUGGCGUUCUUCGUCAGCAGUCCUCCUACUUCAUAUCCGAGCCGUCUAGAAAUCUCAUGGUAUGCUUUUGAUCGUUUGAUCGAUUAUCAUGGUCAUGUUUAUUCCAAUUGCAUGAUUUCUCAGAUGAGCAGGCUAACUACGUUUCUUUGGCUUAUAUUUGUGUCUCAGAUUUCUCAUUCUUCUGUAAAUUUUUAGAAGAAAAUCAUGAACACUUGCCUGUGAAGGAAAAAAGAAAAAAAAAAGAGAAGAAAACGAAACUAUUUGAGAAUUUUCUUCUGGUAUUACUAUUUUCGUCCGAAUCACUUCAGCCUGUGUGUUCCUCUGUUCCGCAGAGAGUCGCCUUCCACAUCCAGGUUUUUGCUCAGUCUAGAUGGCUGGGAGUCACCCUGCCGAUAGAGUACUACGAGUUUGCCAGGGGGUUGCAGUGGAGCAUCCCCUACCUCCGCCUGCCAUGGGAGAGCAACGAUGUUCUUGGGGACGCCGGUUUCUCCGCAGGGGCUUAUUCUGUCAUAUCUAGAGCAGGCGUGAUGCCAGCCGAUGAUCUUCUGUAUGGGGCACCCCUCACGGCCAUGGAAUAUAGGUCUUUUCUUGAGGUGAUCACAGUUUCUCUCUCUCUUUCUCUCUCUCUCUCUCUGUAUCUCUCUCUACCUCCAUUGAUACCUUUUUCCAUUGUUCGCAGAACCAGGGCAUGAAGCCAGAAGCCACGAGCGUCCUGGCCUCCCAAAACCCAGAUGGGUACGAGACACGAUCGAAUUCCCCAUCCACAAAGUUUCGAUUUUUAUUUACUCGCAUUCUAAAUUAGGGUAGUGAUCAUGGGCUGGAAGCCCCUAUAUAGACCUGCUGUAUCAUCAUCAUCAUCAUCGUCGUCGUCCUCGUCCUCGUCAUCAUCUGCAGAUGGAGAGAAUUUGGGAGGAACAUGUUCUGGCUGGCCAUAAUCGUCGGCGGCCUGCAGGCUGUCCGCGCCAUUGUUCUCCUCGCUCUCAAGCUCAGAAGGAAGGAACCCCCCGCGGGGGAGAAGAAUUACGGAGCCCUCACCUUCCCCAGGUUCGAGCUGUUCCUGGUCUUACUCGCCAUCCCCUGCAUCACCCAAGCCUCCACUGCCAUUAUCAUCCACGGUGAGCUCGAGCAUAUAAAUAGCAAACAAAGACGCAUAGAUGUUUUGAAUUGGAUUGAAAGAUUGUGAUUUUGAUUUUGAUCGGUUUCUUCAUUGGGAAAUAAAUGUAAUGUAUCAGGGCAUUCGGCGGGGGGGACGGCGGUGGGGAUCUUGUUUCUGGGUAUCGUCUGCUCUGUAAUGGCGGUGCUGCUGGUUUUCAUCUCCUUGGGGAUCUCCAUGGGGAGGCUACUUCAGUACAAGGAGGUGCACCAGGUGGGGAAGGAGUUCCAUUGGUACCAGGAGAUUAUUAGGGUUUCUCUGGGGCCGGGGAAGAGGGGGCAGUGGACCUGGAAUGAGCAGGUCAACUCCCCUUGGUUGACGAAGCUGGGCCCACUAUUUGAAGACCUCCGAGGCCCGCCCAAGUACAUGCUCUCCCAGAUCACCGCCGCCGGCCGAAAGCGCGGUGGAUCGAUCAUCGACUCCGACGACGAGACGGAGGACGCAGAGGCGCCCUUCUUGCAGAAGCUCUUCGGCAUUCUCCGCAUCUACUACCCGGUGUUGGAGACCGUGAAGAGGGUCGCCGUCGCCGCCGUCGCGGGCGCCGCCGCGGGGCGGCGGCGGCGUUUGCUGACCCUGGUGGUGCUAUCGCUCGCCUCCUUCCAGCUCUUCUUCCUGGUGCUGAAGAAGCCGUUCAUCAAGAAGAAGGCGCAGCUGGCGGAGAUACUCGCCGUCGCCGCCGAGGUGGCGGUGUUCGGGUUCUGCCUGGCCCUGCUGCAGGGGGACUUCUCCGACGCCGGCGAGCAGCGGGUGGGGAUCUCCAUGGCGGCGCUCGUCGCCGGCAGCUUCUUCGCCCAGAUGGUGAAGGAAUGGUACGCCCUGUGGAAGCAGGUCCGCCGGCUGAGCCACGGCGGCGACUCCUUCUUCUCCGGCCUGAGGGUGGCGGUGCUGGGGCUGCUCCUCUUCGUCUUCCCUUCGAGCUCGCUGAAAGGGUUCGAUGGGCGGCUGUCUUCUCCGGUGGGCGGCGGCGACGGCGCCGCCAGGGAGAGCUCCGGCGUGGGGGAGAGGCCGUGGCUGAGGCAGCUGAGGGAGAUGGCGAAGGCGAGCUUCAGCAGAGACGACGCCGGCAGUGGCAGCGGUACUGCGGGGGCGGCGAACCCGUCGUCCUCUUCGGCAAGCCAGAACCUGUGGGGGGGCCUCUGGGGGGGGAAAAGGAGCGGCAGCUCCUCCAUUACCUCGUCUCUGGACUCUAAGGCCAGGCCCAGGGCCCUGGAAAAGGACCUAGAGACCAUCUUCUCUUCCAGGUGA